UUAUCUUUUUUAUUUUUCCUUUGUUUCAUAUUUUGUCUCAUUAUUUUGCAUUUUUACUUCCUUAUUUUGACUUUUUAAUUUCUUAAUUUUUUAAAGAAAUAUUUAGUGUAAUUUUUAGUUUUUCUUUUUAUAGUCAUAAUUUGCAUCUAACAUUUUUGCAUUCUCUAAUUUUUUUCCAUUGUACUCUUAAUUUUUAUUUCACUGUUUUCUCUUCAUUUUUCUUUUUUUCUCAGAAUCUUUAUCUAGUAAUAUUUGUCUUGUAAAUUUCUCUUUUUUAUUUUAGAUUUUCCUUUUCAAUCUCUUCAUUUUUGUCUCAUAUCUUCUUUUUCGAAUUGACAUUUUUCUUUCCUUAUUUUUCUUUAUGUCUCUUAAUUUUUUUAUCUUAUAAUCUUUCUUGUAAUAUUGCCUUGUUAUAUGUUUUUUAUUAUUUUCAAAUUUUUCCUUUUCUUAUCUCUUCAUUUUUAUCUGUUAAUCUUUCAUAUUUAAAUAGACAUUUUCAUUCAUUAUUUUUUCUUUAUAUCAUAGAUUUUUUAUCUCAUAUUUCCGUGUUAUUCUUGAUUUUUUUUUCCUUUUUAUCUCAUAGUUUAUUAUGUUUAAAUAAUAAUAUUUCAUUGAUUUUUUUUGUUUGUGUCUGUAAUGAGCCUUCAAACAGUCCAGCGGUAAGACUUUAACUUCUGGAUGAUCUUUGAUGUAAAUAGUUUGAAGAAUCCGUACUACAGUAAUAACAUUAAAAUCUGUAUUAAUAGAAGGUUCAUUAAACAGAAUGUGAACCGUAAAUUACAGUUCUUCCUGAAUUUAAAUCCAGAACUGGUCUCCAGCUGAGGAUGUGACCUGAUCCAGUGCUCCUCCUGGAUAAUAAAACUGUGAUUUUAGGUUAAAACUGUUGAUUUCUAACAGAGGUUUCCUGUUUCUGCUGCAGACUGAGGUUCAGCUUCACUCUGGGUCUGUGUUCGUUGUGUGUCUCUGCUUCCUCGGCGUCCCGGUGAGUGUGGAGGUUUGGGUGGACGAGGUUUGAUGUCAGAUCCAGCUGACGGAGCUCAGAACAAGAGGAGGACGAGACGGAACAGAUUCACAGCAGCUGAGGACGGACGGAGCGCCACUCCUUCAGUUGCAGCACCAGAACCAGAAUCAUGAGUCUGGACGAGGAUGCCCGAUGGCUGGAGUGGGUCACCAAACAGUUCGAGACAAUCGCCGGAGAUGACAAAGAGAUCGACAUCGAUGAGUUUAAGACGGCUCUCAAGGUCAAAGAGUCUUUCUUCGCCGAGCGUUUCUUCGCUCUGUUCGACUCAGACGGCAGCAGCUCCAUCAGUCUGGAUGAGCUGCUCGAAGCUCUGGACCUCCUAAUCCACGGCAGCGAAACCGACAAGCUGAGAUUCCUGUUCCAGGUCUACGAUGUGGACGGCAGCGGUUCCAUCGAUCCAGACGAACUCAGGACGGUUCUGAAGUCCUGCCUGCGAGAGAGCGCCAUCUCCCUGCCGGAGGAGAAGCUGGACGACCUGACGCUGGCGCUGUUCGAGUCGGCCGACAAAGACAACAGCGGCUCCAUCACCUUCGAGGAGCUCAAGGCUGAGCUGGAGAACUUCCCAGAGGUGAUGGAGAACCUCACCAUAAGUGCUGCUAACUGGCUGAAGCCUCCAGAAGUGGACCAGAAGAAGCGUCAGACCCCUCGGUACCUGACCCGGGUCUACUGGCAGAACAACAGCCGGAAGCUGCUGUUCCUGUGCGUCUACGCCCUCCUCAGCCUGCUGCUGUUUGUGGGUGCCAUGCUGCAGAACAGCCACGGCGGGGCCUGGUUCAUGGUGGCCAAAGGCUGCGGACAGUGUCUCAACUUCAACUGCACCUUCGUCAUGUUGCUGAUGCUGCGACGCUGUUUAACGUGGCUGAGGGCGACGUGGGUGGUGAGAGUCCUGCCUCUGGACCAGAACAUCCUGCUGCAUCAGAUUGUCGGCUACGCCAUCCUCUGCUACACUCUGGUUCACACCACCGCCCACAUCUUCAACUUCGUACACCUGUCAGAGAACAGUACCUUCAGCCUGUGGGAGUACCUGCUGACCACCCGUCCAGGUAUCGGCUGGGUGAAGGGGACGGCCUCUCUGACCGGAGUCGUGCUGCAGGUGGUGAUCUGCCUCAUGGUUCUCUGCUCCAGCACCUUCGUACGACGCAGCGGACACUUCGAGGUGUUUUACUGGUCCCACUUGUCCUACAUCUGGGUCUGGUCUCUGCUCAUGGUCCACUGUGCAAACUUCUGGAAGUGGUUCCUGGUUCCUGGUCUGGCCUUCAUCCUGGAGAAGAUCGUGGGAAUCGCAGUGUCUCGUAUGGGAGGUCUUUACAUCGUGGAGGUCAACCUGCUGCCGUCCAAGGUGACUCAUCUGGUGAUCAAGCGUCCUCAGUUCUUCCAAUUCAAGCCUGGAGAUUACGUCUACAUCAACAUCCCAGUUAUCGCCAAGUACGAGUGGCAUCCGUUCACCAUCAGCAGUGCUCCGGAGCAGUCAGAUGCUUUGUGGCUUCACAUCCGUUCGAUGGGUCAGUGGACCAACCGUCUGUACGAAUACUUCAGACAGCCGGAGACUGAGACGGUGAAUCCCAAGCGACUGGCGACGAGCUUGAGGAACCGCCAGCAGCUGCUGAAGGCUCAGGAAGGUCUGUUCAGCUCUGCAGACUGUAACGCAGACGUAGCGUCCAACGAGGACGACGCCAUCGAGCUGACGAUGUACCGACAGAAUGGCUCCAGUGUUCCUCCGACAUCGACGUCCAAACCUGCAGAACCUCUUCCAGACGAACCAGGACCAGCAGAGAGAGGAGAAGCUCCUCCAAUCAAAGAGAUGUCUGCCAAGCUUGGUGAGAACCACAGAUUCUGCAACAUCAAGUGCUACGUUGACGGACCUUAUGGGACUCCUACACGACAGAUCUUUGCCUCUGAACACGCCGUCCUGAUCGGAGCUGGCAUCGGGAUCACGCCUUUUGCUUCCAUCCUGCAAAGCAUCAUGUACAGGUACCGCAGGAGGAAGCAGAACUGCCCCAACUGUAACUACUCCUGGUGUGAAAACAUCAAAGACAGCGAAAUGAAGCUGCGCAAAGUCGACUUUAUAUGGAUCAACAGAGACCAGAAGUCGUUCGAGUGGUUCGUUAGUUUACUGACCAAACUGGAGAUGGAUCAGGCCGACGAGGAGCCCGAAGGUCGCUUCCUGGAGAUGCACAUGUACAUGACGUCAGCUCUCAGUAAGAACGACAUGAAGGCCAUCGGCCUGCAGAUGGCGCUGGACCUUCUGGCCAAGAAGGAGAAGAGAGACUCCAUCACUGGACUCAGAACCAGAACCCAACCAGGACGACCUGAGUGGGGGAAGGUGUUCCAGAAGGUGUCUGAGGAGAACAAAGGGAAAGUCCACGUGUUCUACUGCGGUUCUCCAGCUCUGGCCAAAGUCAUCAAGGCUCAGUGUGAACACUUCGGCUUCCACUUCUACAAGGAGAACUUCUGACGAGGUCCAGGCUGCCGACACACAGCGCCUGCUUCACUUUUACACCUGAACCGGUUAAAGUUUUCCUCUGAGUGUAGCUCUGUGACACCGUUUACAUUCUGACUAAAUGUGUCGGUGCACGAUGCUCGCUCUGUUUUUGCUGCUGCAGCUUCUCAUCUUGUUAUUGUCCAGAAUUCUGCACUGCGAAGUCAGUUCAACGCAGGAAAUGAUUUGGUUAAAGGCCGAUUUAAAUCCAAAACUCUAAACAGAACCAAGUUAGCUCCACAGCACCAGUUACCAUGGAGAUCUAACCGGGUAAAAGACCUUCAUAAUGCUGAAAACUCUGACUUUGAACCCACUAAUCUCAGUUCGUAGUUCAGAACUCUGAAGCUGCCUUCACUGCCUGCAGGUCCAGAAUCUCUUCAGGAGUUUGGUUCCAAAGUUUGACUCUCCUGACGCCCCUGAAGCUUUGAUUAAAGGUUAAAUCCUCUGAAGUGAUGACUGUAUGUUUGGGUUUUUACUCCCAGCAGCUCUAUAACAACCAUCUGCUGUUAUUUCCGCCUCUCUGUGUCCCAACGUCCCCGAGGAUCAUCCUGUUUCUGUCUCUGAUGAAUCCAACACAGACUAUAAGAACUAUCGAUCUCCUCUGGAAGUUGGUGCACUCGUUCAACGUCAAUUUAAUUCGACAUGAAAGAGUCUGUUUUUGUUAAAGCCAAAUUAAAUUGAUCAAGAUUAAGUGUUUAAAAGCAGUAAAAAGAGCGAACAGCAGAGUAGAUCAAUGUUUAAUUGACUUUUGAAGUUCAUGGAAUAUAUCCCGCAUACAUUUUUAUUGAAAGUAAAAAAAACUGUUUUUAUGUUCAUUAUGAUCAUGUCUUUACAAGUUCCAGAAUUAUGAUGUAAACAAUCACUUAUUAAUAAAAAAAUGACAGGAUAUCACUAAACAACUGUCCAAAUUUAAAAACAACCACCUUCUAACUAGCUAAACAGUAAUAAAAUGACUUUAUUCAAAAACUG